UUAAAAUGUAUAAAAUGUAAAAAUAUCAAAGAUAUUAGAAAAAUUUUACUUUAUGUGGUAGCUCGAUUCCUGACGUUUGUGCAUCCAUAUAACAUUGGCUUGUUUGUACAUUAUAUGAACUUUUAUCUUAUAAAACUGGCUAUAUUAUUUAAAUUGUGUUCCUCUUUCAUUCGAACGGGACAAUUAUUUAAAAGGGGUUAUAUUCCUAUAUUUCGGAAUCACUUUAACACAUCAGAUUCCUUGUCCAAGAAUUCUCCUGAAGAAUACGCCUCAUUUAAGGGUAAUAAUGUAAUAAUUGAUGAUUCUAACAUCUCAAACUACGAGACAUCCAUUGAUGACCUUCUCGACACCAAGUUACUUGGAUUCGACUUGGAGUAUGCUCCAGACUACUAUUCUAACUUGAAUUACUCCUACAAGAGGUGUAAACCAUCCAUAGUACAAAUUUGUGGAGAUUCUACUUGUUUCAUUUAUCUAAUAUAUAAAAUCGGAUAUGUUCCUAAAUCUCUGUGUAAAAUUUUAAAUAAUAAUGAAAUAGUAAAGGUAUCGCACGGGGCGCCUUCUGACAUGCGCCUUCUGUUUAAACAUUAUGGUACUAUGUGUAGUAAUUUUGUCGAUUUAAAGGAUCUCUGCAAAGACUAUAACAUAUAUCCUGCAAGCUUGAAAAACGCCACCGCAUCAGUUCUAAACUUAAAAUUGAGCAAGAAACAGCAGUGCUCUAACUGGGAGGCUGAGAAACUUGUUCCUGCUCAAAUAUCUUACGCCUCAACUGAUGCUUGGGUGACUAGAGAGAUUUUCUUAAAACUCAGUCCCACUAAAAUAAACAAGAUUUUUUUGAAUAGCGAAGGCGAUAUAGAAACACAACCUCCAAGCAUGUAAAAUAUAACUUGGGAUGGUAAACUUAAAUUUAAUGAAAAUAGAUUC